AUGGAUGGCAGAGGUCCAGUGGCUGAUUGGUCUGGCAUCAAGGGCAGCUGGAUCAGCAGAGGAGGCAGCUGCUCCCACAGCAGAAGUGCCUGGGCCAGCAUCAGAGGCAUCUGGGCCAGUGAUGAAGUUGAUCAGGCGUGCAGUGUUGGUGAGAGGCAGCUGGCAGGUAAUGACAUGGUUGAUGAUGAUGGGCCCAGCAGCAACAGGCCCACUAGCAAUGCAGCUGGUUGUCAUGGGGCCAGCAAUGAGGGGGUCAGUGGCAGUGAGGCUGACAGCAGUGGGGCUAGCAUUGGCAGAUCUCAUGUCAACAGGGUCAGUGGCAAUGGGGUAGCAUUGAUGGGAUCAAUGUCAACAGAUGAGAGGCUUGUUGGGUGUCAGCAGGGCACUGAUGGGCUCAACUGGAUAGUGACAGGACAGUGGGAUGCUGGCAGGAAUCUGAUGGACUCUACUGGAAGCAGUGGGAAUGGCAUUGCUAUUGUUGUAGGAGCCGGGGCAAGUUCCAGAGAUGCAGGAGGCAGUGCCUCAGGAACUAGAUGUGAAAGGACUGCAGGUGCUAGAGCCAGUGGCUUCAGAACUGGAGUUUUAGUAUAUAGCCCCUUCAGGACUGGGCACAGAUUCACUGCUUGA